GGUCUAGCUUGCGAAGGUUUUAAGCCUUUUUGCACUAUUUACUCAACCUUCUUGCAGAGAGCCUAUGACCAGAUAGUGCAUGAUGUGGCCGUGCAAAAGCUGCCAGUAAGAUUUGUGGUCGACAAAGCUGGAUUCAUUGGAGAAGAUGGUCCAACACACUCUGGUCAUUUUGGUAUCACCUUUAUGGCAUGUCUCCCUAACAUGGUGGUGAUGGCUCCUUCCGACGAAGCAGACAUGAUCCACAUGGUUGCUACUGCUGAUGCCAUUAACGAUCGGCCUAGUUGUAUCCGAUUUCCAAGGGUAAAUGGAAUUGGUGUUGAACUACCACCAGGGAGUAGAGGCACUCCUCUUGAGAUUGGAAAAGGUAGGAUAUUGAUUGAAGGGGAAAGAGUGGCCCUUUUGGCUUUUGGAACAGCAGUGCGGAACUGUGUAGCUGCAGCUUCCAUAUUGGAACAGCGUGGCUUACAUGUAACGGUGGUCGAUGCACGUUUCUGCAAGCCAUUGGACCAUUCGCUCAUUCGCAGCCUAGCCAAAUCACAUGAUGUUUUGAUCAUAGUGGAAGAAGGAUCAGUAGGAGGAUUUGGAUCUCAUGUUGGUCAGUUCAUGGCCCUUGAUGGUCUUCUUGAUGGAAAAUUGAAGUGGAGGCCAAUGGUUAUUCCUGAUAUUUGUAUUGAGCAUGCUUCGCCUGCUGAGCAAACGGCUGUAGCUGGUCUGACAUCAUCUCAGAUAGCAGCAACUGUGUUCAACAUUCUUGGACAAACAAGAGAGGCACUAGAGAUGGUUACCGUGGCAUGAGAAAUAAGUGUUAUCCUUUGUAAAAUGACUAAUAAAAAGACAUGUACACUUUACAAAGUUGGAUUUCAAUUGAAAGACUGGAAAAAUAAUGGGUUU